GAAAUCAAAUUAAUGAGAACGUUAUUAUAACGUACAAAAUAUCAUAAGUUUAAUUGGGGAGAUACGCCAUUUUACAAUCAAGACAAGAGAUUUGGUAGUUUAAUAAAAUUAUUUUUGUGAAUUCGUGUCCCGAUCAAGCACUUCAAUUACAACGGGUUUUGAUACAAAUCCUACUGCAGAAUAUCAAAGUCAGGAAACGGUUGAUUUGGAUUCUCAAACGUGUGAACAGUCGAAAAAAGAAACAAGGGCACGUAUUGGGACUAUUGUAAUGGCACCGAACGGAAAACGCAGCAAGCUGUGGAAUUAUUUCGAACAAUUAAAACCUUCGUUGGUAAAGUGUACGAUCUGUAAAAAAGAAAUUACGAUACCUCAGCCAACAAGACGCUCAAAAAUAUUUAGAGCACACUUAUUAAUUAGACACGGUAUAUUUCUCGAUAAUGAUACUCUACCUGCCGACUUAAGGCAAUAUUACUCGAAGUUACCGGGACAUAAGGUAAAAUGUAAUGAUUGUGGUAAAACAAAGUCUUUUUUAACAAAUAUUGCACAUUUACGAAAACAUUUAAGAAGACAUUCCACAAGAAUCCUGAGUCAAGAUGAGGAGUCUUGGAAUUAUUUCGAGGAAUUAAAACCUUCGCUAAUAAAGUGCAUGAUCUGUAAAAAAGAAAUUCAGAUACCUCAUCAAUCAAGACUCGUGCCAAUAUUCAGAGCACACUUAUCAAUUAAACAUGGAAUAUUUCUCAAUAAUGACACUUUCGCACUACCUGACGACUUGAGGCAAUAUUACUCGGAGUUACCGGGACAUAAGGCAAAAUGUAAAAAUUGUGGUAAAACAAAGUCUUUCUUAACAAAUAUUGCACGUUUACGAAAACAUUUAAAAAGACAUUCCACAAGAACCCUGAACCGAGAUGAAUCAAGCACUUCAAGUUCAACAGAUCACGAUAUGGAUCCCACUAAUCUAGAACGUCAAAUUCAGGAAAUAGUUGAUUUUGUUCUUCAAUCUGAACAAUCGAGAAAAAAAACAAGGGAACUUGAUGGACCAAACACCUCAAUUUCAAUGAGUAUUGAUAUGAAUCCUGCUGUAGAAUGUCAAAUUCAAGAAUCACCUGGUUUGCCCGUUCAAUUAUUUGAACAAACGAGAAAAGAAAUAAGCGCAUUUGAUAAACCAAGCGUUUACACUUCAAGUUCAGCGGAUUAUAGUAUGGAUCCUACUGCAGAACGUCAAAGUGGAGAACUAUCUGGUUCGCCAGUUCAAUCACUUAAAGAAAUGGCAGAAGAAACAGGCGCACUUGAUAAACCAAGCACUUCAAGUUUAGCGGAUUAUAGUGUGGAUCCUACUGCAGAACGUCAAAGUGAAGAACUAUCUGGCUUGCCCGUUCAAUCAUUUAAAGAAAAAACAGGCGCUCUUAACGAAUCAAGCACUUUAAGUUUAGCGGAUAAUGGUAUGGAUCCUUCUGCAGAACAUCAAAGUCAAAAUACAUCUGGCUUGCCCGUUCAAUCAUUUAAAGAAACGACAGAAAAAACAGGCGUUCUUAACGAAUCAAGCACUUCAAGUUCAAUGGAUUUCAAUAUAAAUCCUUCUGCAGAACGUCGAAGUCAGAAAACAGUUGACUUGGGUCCUCAAACGUGUGAACAAUCGAGAAAGGAAACAAGGGCACGUGAUAGGUCGGUCAUAGUGGCACCGAAAAGAAAACGCAGCAAAUUGUGGAAUUGUUUCGAGCAAUUGAAACCUUCGCUGGUAAAGUGCGCAAUUUGUAAAAUGGAAAUUUAUAUGCCUCAUCCAUCCAACAGCACAGCAAUAAUGAUAGGACACUUAAAUAGACAUGGAAUAUUUUUCAAUAAUGACACUGUCACACUUCCUGACGACUUGAGGAAAUAUUACUUGGAGUUACCAGAAUAUAAAGCAAAAUGUAAUGAUUGCGGUAAAACAAUGUCCUUCUUAACAAAUAUUGUACGUUUACGAAAACAUUUAAGAAGACAUUCCACAAGAAUCCUCAGUCGAGAUGAACCAAGCACUUCAAGUUUAGCGGAUAAUGGUAUGGGUCUUUCUGCAGGAUGUCAAAGUCAAGAUACAUCUGGUUUGCCCGUUCAAUCAUUUAAAGAAACAACAGAAAAAACAGGCGCACUCAAUGAAUCAAGCACUUUAAGUUUAGCGGAUAAUGGUAUGGAUUCUUCUAAUGCAGAACGUCAAAGUCAAGAUACAUCUGGCUUGCCCGUUCAAUCAUUUAAAGAAACGACAGAAAAAACAGGCGCUCUUAACGAAUCAAGCACUUCAAGUUUAGCGGAUAAUGGUAUGGAUCCUUCUGCAGAACGUCAAAGUCAAGAUACAUCUGACUUGCUCGUUCAAUCAUUUAAAGAAACGACAGAAAAAACAGGCGCUUUUAAAGAAUCAAGCACUUCAAGUUCAAUGGAUUUCAAUAUAAAUCCUUCUGCAGAACGUCGAAGUCAGAAAACAGUUGACUUGGGUCCUCAAACGUGUGAACAAUCGAGAAAGGAAACAAGGGCACGUGAUAGGUCGGUUAUAAUGGCACCGAAAAAAAAACGCAGCAAGUUGUGGGAUUAUUUCGAGAAAUUGAAAUCUUUGCUGGUAAAAUGUGCAAUUUGUAAAAUACAAAUUCAUAUGCCUCAUCCAUCGAACAGCACAUCAAUAAUGAUAGGACACUUAAAUAGACAUGGAAUAUUUUUCAAUAAUAACACAUUCACGCUACCUGACGACUUGAGGCAAUAUUACUCGGAGUUACCGGAAUAUAAAGCAAAAUGUAAUGAUUGUAGUAAAACAAUGUCUUUCUUAACAGAUAUUAUACGUUUACGAAAACAUUUAAGAAGACAUUCCACAAGAAUCCUGAGUUGAGAUGA